GCAGCCAUUGUCCCGCGCGCGGUCGCCUGUUUAAGGCCCCGCACUACAGCCCUUAGGAGUUAACUCGGAGCGGCCUUGUGGAUGCUGACUAGGGGAGGGACCAGAUUAGUUCAACCCGUCUCAGACGUGACACAGGACCGAGGCAGGGGGCUGCUUAACCCGAGAGCGUCCAGUCACAGAGCCGUGCGGGGCACUGAGACGGAGACUGGCCGGACCCGAGCAGCGGGCCCGGACCCCAGUUCAGUACCCGGCCGUGCCUGGAGGACAGUAUGGAAGGACAGGAUGAGAAGCCCCCAGGACCCCUUAAGGCCUGCACACAGGACUCUCUCCUUCCUCAAGAGAUUAUCAUCAAGGUUGAGGGAGAAGAUGCUGGGUCACUGGCCAUCCCAUCCCAGGAAGAAGUGAACUUCAAUAUUGUAACUGUGGACUUUACUCAUGAGGAACAGGGUACUUUGAACCCUGCUUAUAGGAUCCCAGACAGAAGUGUGAUCCUGGAGAACCACAGGAACCUGGUCUCUUGGGACUUGGCAACUGCACUUGGAAGGAGAGAAUCAACUUCAAAACAGAGCAUUUUUGAUGUGGAAUCAUCACCUGGAGUAAAGAUAGAAAGGUUGACAAGAGAUGAUCCUUGGCUAUCUUCAUGUGAAGAAGUUCAUGAUCAUAAGGAUCAGUUGAAGAAGCAACAGGAAAAGCAAGAGAGACUUUUUCAGGAAAUGGCAGUCACUCAAAAGAAAGCUAUUAUUCAUGAGAAGGUUUGCAAAAGUGAUGAACUUGAGAAGAGUGAUCUAAAUCCCAGCCUUCUUUCACUCCCAGUGAUACCCAUAAGAAACCAUUUUCAUAAACAUUUGUCACAUGUUAAAAAAUCUCAUUAUAAUUCUGUUGUAAACAGUCAUCAGAAGAUUAAUGACAGUGAGAAAUUAUGUGAAAAUAAUGAAUGUGGAAAACUCCCUCAGAGCAUCCACCUUAUUCAGUUUACAAGAACUCAAAAAAGAGAUAAGUCCUAUGAAUUUAGUGACACUAUUCAACCUUUUAGCCACAGAGCAUCCCUAAAUAUACAUGAAAAAAUUGAUGAAGAAGGUAAGACCUUUGAUUUUAAGGAAUGUGGGCAAGUUUUGAACCAUGACAUAUCCUUUAAUGAACAGCAGAAAAUUCCUGUUGAAGAGAGUCAGUAUAAAUGUAGUAAAACUUCUCAGAAUUCAUCCCGUGCUCAAAAUAUGAGAAAUAAUUCUGAAGAAAAACCUUUUGAAUGUAAUCAAUGUGGGAAAGCCUUUAGCUGGAGCUCACAUCUUGUUGCACAUCAAAGAACUCACACAGGGGAGAAACCUUAUGAAUGUAAUGAAUGUGGAAAAUCCUUCAGCCGGAGCUCCCACCUCGUUUCCCAUCAAAGAACCCAUACAGGAGAGAAACCUUAUAGAUGUAAUCAGUGUGGGAAAUCCUUUAGCCAGAGCUACGUGCUUGUGGUACACCAGAGAACUCAUACUGGAGAGAAGCCUUAUGAGUGCAACCAAUGUGGAAAGUCAUUCAGGCAGAGCUACAAACUAAUUGCACAUCAAAGAACACAUACUGGAGAGAAGCCCUAUGAAUGCAGUCAGUGUGGGAAAUCAUUUAUCCAGAGUUAUAAGCUUAUUGCACAUCAAAGAAUUCACACUGGAGAAAAACCCUAUGAAUGCAAUCAAUGUGGAAAAUCCUUUAGUCAAAGUUAUAAACUUGUUGCACAUCAGAGAACUCACACAGGGGAAAAACCUUUUGAAUGUAAUCAGUGUGGAAAAUCUUUCAGCUGGAGCUCUCAGCUAGUGGCACAUCAAAGAACUCACACUGGAGAGAAACCCUAUGAAUGUAAUGAAUGUGGAAAAUCUUUUAACCGCAGUUCUCACCUUAUUAUGCAUCAGAGAACUCAUACCGGGGAAAAACCCUAUGAAUGUAAUCAGUGUGGGAAAUCCUUCAGCCAGAGUUAUGUUCUUGUUGUGCAUCAGAGAACUCAUACUGGAGAAAAGCCUUAUGAAUGCAGUCAGUGUGGGAAAUCCUUCAGGCAGAGUUCAUGUCUCACUCAACACCAGAGAACUCAUACUGGAGAGAAACCCUAUGAAUGUAAUCAGUGUGGGAAAACAUUUAGUUUGAGUGCUCGACUUAUUGUACAUCAAAGAACUCACACUGGAGAGAAACCAUUUACAUGUAAUCAGUGUGGGAAAGCUUUCAUUAAUAGCUCUAAACUUAUUAGGCAUCAGGCAACUCAUAAUGAAGAGAAAUCUUAUGAAUAUAACUAGUUUGGAAACUUAUUCCAUUUGUUUUUUAAAAUUUAUUUUAAGAAAGUGCAUUUGGUGGGAAGGACUAGUAUAAAAUGAUGCAUGUGGAAAAACUUUUAGUUAAUCUUCUUUUAUUGUAUAUCUGGAAAUCCAUUUUCAAGAAAGGGAGAAAGCUGUGAACUACAUAUUUUAACUUAGCAAUUCCAUGAGCAGUGUCAGACUUGGCCCUUAUGUACAUCCUACAGAUGUAAUAAAUACUGACCCUUUUCCUUGCAGAUAACACUCAGAUCUGAAUCUGAGAGAGAAAACCAGUUAGGUAGACCUUUCUCCCCUCAUAGAGUAAAUGAAAUGCUUGUUGUAGAGAAGAUUGAAAAAGUGUUGUAGUUCGUAAAACUUAGGCUGGAAAACAGUUUUUCAGAGUGUCAUUCUACUACUUAAGUUCUCCAUUAGAUAGUUUGGGAUCUGUUUUGUAUGGUGCUUUGUUACAAGUGAAGAUUUUAUAAACAUUAGGAAACUGGCCAUGAUAUGAAAUGAAAAACAGGACAAAAAUACAGAAAUUUUCUUUUCUAGAACCAUUAUGAUGUUUAUGUAUAGAUUAUAAUUGAAAGGGAUAAUGGGUACAUCUAAUUGAUAUUAUGUUUAAUGUCAGGUUUUCUUUGUUUUCUGGAAUUUAUGCUGUUUUGCAACAAGAAAUGAUAUAACGAGUACAAGUUAGUUAAAAACAACAAAAGGCACAAAAAUUACCAUCUUGUUUGACCAUUUAGGAAACACUAAACAGCCAGAUAGCAAAGAUCCCUCAGGGUUCUGAAAUUCCCAUUUCAUUUACCAUGAGUAGGCUGCUCCUUAGGACUUGGAUUCCCAGGAAUGUUCUUUGUUGAAAAUAAUUCCUUGGGAGUAAUGCAUAAUUGGAAUUUAGACCAGAAAGGGUCUGUAUGAGCAGUUGAGAACAUGUGGGCAGUACAGGGAGUGAAUGAGCUUAUUUUCAUAUAUUCAGAGCAGGAUAAAGGAGCACUGUUUCUAAGUGGGGUUUUUCCUCCCCAUGUUUGGUAUUAUUAUUUUUUCUCUGGAAUGUGUUCCUAAUGUGAGGGUCCCCUGAGUGUGCAUGCGUGUGUGUGUGUGUGUGUGUGUGUGUGUGUGUGUGGUGCUACUCUGGCUGAGUGCUCUUCAUUUAAAUUAAGCCUGCAAGAGUGCUUUCUAGUCAAGCAAAUUUUAUAGGUACUCUUCAGUUUUUAAGAUUUGUUUCAUAUACCUUCAUGACCCUUGUCCCUGAAUCAUAAAUUCUGAUCCUGUAGGUAAUCAUGUGCCUAAAGCCUCUGUUCUUAAGUAAUAACAAAAUAAAUGGAGAGAUGAACUGAGAGCAGAAAAUAGAGGUAAAUUCUUUGGAGAAAAGGAAGAAAACCUAAAGUGAUAUCUGGUAGGGGUAAUUAGUAACAUUCUGUCCCCAUGAAAUGACCCUUGGGAACCAUCUCUUUGAGGAAUAAGCCAGAGCAUGUGCCAAACCUGACAAUGACAGAAAGUCUCAGGGGACAGUUGUUGAUGGCGAGAAACCUUGCUUCUAUCCCAGGAGAAUCAACUCUUAGUUCCAUUCAUUGACUUUUGGAAAGGACAUGGAAUUGUGGAAAAUCUUAGUUUAACAACGAAAACUAAAUAGUCUCUUCCCCCAAUUAUAAAGGCAAAGAUCUCUGAUUGUAUAAAUUAAUAUAAAUACAGAUGGGUUAAAAAUUAGGGCUCUGAAGAUUUCAAGUUUUGGAAGUGAUUUAUUCCAAAGAAAUUUCUUCAGUAAAUGAAAUAUUUCAUCAACAAUGUGAAAUUUGUAAAACUGUAAAAACAUUUGAAAUGAGUAUUUGUGUGAGUGGUUGUGUGUGUGUGUGUGUGUGUGUGUUUUCUGGCUACCUGGCAAGGUUGAAUAUGUGUGUCAUGUUUGUGUCAUAAAUGUAUCAGUUCUUAGGUGGUG